AUGUUUAAUGCAAUAGGAUCAAAUAUCGAUUCCCCCAAACAUCAGGAAGUUAAAAUUGGAUUUAUAACAUAUGAAGUGAGGCCUUACGUUUCAGGAAUACGGGUUGUUAGUAUACUAAGCAAAAAUAAUUUAAUAAGUUAUUCUGAAUCAGGUGCUACAAUAAUUUAUCCAGAUUCACGAGCACGUAUUGUAAUGUUCGGUUAUCAUCUUGAUAAAAUCGGUAUCAUAUCACUUACAACAGACAAUUGUUUUAAUUCGGUAGUAAAUAUCUCACGUCCUGAAUUUCUCAUUCAAACCGUCAAACGACUUGAUUUUGUUGCAUAUUUCGCUGAAUCAGAUGAACCAUAUCAUAUUUGCUACAAGGAACGAAUGAGCAGGAAGGAAUCAAGCGAAGAGGAAGAAGACAUGAUCAUGAUGGAUGAGUCGCGUAACUCAAUAGUUACAGAAACACCAACUCGCAUAUACUAUCUACCGGUGUAUCUGCAGAUCAGUAUUAUUUUCAUGCUCUUUUGUCUGUCUGCCUUAUUUUCAGGCCUUAAUUUGGGCCUUAUGGCUCUUUCACCUCAAGAAUUGAUGCUUAUACAAAAAUGUG